AUGAGGUCUAGUGUGGGGCGUGAGAAGACGCAGCGUGGCGGGAACAUCACGAGGAAAGUUGGGGUCAAAAAAAGUUUGGUGAAGGCACCUACGACGCCGUCGAUUAUAUCGUCUUCUCGUCCGCUUUCGUCUUUUAUUGAACAUAAAAAACAGCAGCUGUCGCUUCUUUUUAUUGCGUGGGAUAAAGAUGAUGUUGGACGUAUUGAAUCUUGGCAGAUUAGGCCUAUUAUCAACGCACUUUUUCCUUCCGACGGAAAGACGGAAGUGCUUAGACGGAAUGAGAUACGAGAGGCGUUUGCCGAGGCAGUUAAGCAGUCAUGGUCGCCACAGUAUCUGGUGACGCUUGGCGAGGUUUAUGCCAUCAUGGAUGCCUUGUGGUCAUCGCAGGAACGGCGAACACGGAUGGUUAUGGCGUGCCUUCGGAGUGUGUUUAAUGUUGUCUCCGAUGCGCGGCUUGUAAUUUCAAGGGAGGCACUAUUAGAAUUUGGGAAAAGUGUCGCGGGUGCGGAUGUCAGUGCAGGGGUUGUACAGUUGAUUCUCACCGCCGCUUCUGAAACACCUUUCAGCGAUACGAUAAACUUUGAGGGGUUUUGCCGGUUGCUUCUUCCACGCCUUGUGCAUGGGUAG